AUGUCUGUUAUCAAAUAUAUUGGUCGAAGAACUGAUUUUCGUGGAAAAUCGAUGUGGGAAAUUGUCAGCAAUCUGAAAAACUUCGGUGUGGGUCGAAUUCUUGUUCGAUCUAUGUUUGAAAGAUACCCAGAAAACAGUUGGAUCAAAAUUUUGAAAGUAGAAGCAUGUCCACCGACACCACCAGACUUUUAUGAUACCUUAAGAAGAGUUAAGAUAACUGCUGAAAGAGUAUUUCGUGGAAAAAAAUUUGAAAAGCCUAUAUUAAUAGAAAAAGUUUCGUACAAAACUGAUUACCGUCUUCUUUCGAAAAAAGAAGAAGCAGAUUAUUGUAAGUUGUCUCAACGCGAAGAGAAACUCUUACCAUUGGAAAUGGAUCUGCCACCACUUUUAAGAGAAUUUGUGUUUAAAGAAACUGGAAGAAAGGACGUAAAAAUGAAGAUAGUCGCAAACGAAUCUUUAUACAACAAUGCACGAAGAGUUAAAGAAAAUGAGACUCCAAAUUGUGAAGUCCCAAUUGGCUUGGGUACACCACAUCCAACAUCUAGAAGUCUCUACGAAGGCAUAGAACUUAAAUAGUGAUGAAAUGUGUUUAGAAAACCU